GUAAAAAACAAAAACAUUUUGUAUGUUUGUAACUAGUCAGCAAAAUUCAUUUCAAUGUAAUAUUUUUAUGUAUUUAACUAUCUAUUUAAUUUGUGGCAUAAAUUUCAUCCUCAUCGUUCAUUGAAAUGGAAGCAGUGAGAUUUUGCCGUGUUUGUCUAAAUGUUGGGGUGAAGUUGUACAGCGGGGAUGUGUUUCAACUGCUACAAUGUUACGAGGAUCUCAUCCAUCUCAGUGGAUUGAAAUCAUUGAAAGGGCUCCAGUGCUACUUCUGCUAUGAGUGCUCUGCCAUACUCUGGAAGAUAAAUAAGUUUAAAGAAAAGUGUGAAAUUGGACAGAAUGUGCUCAACAAUUUAUUAUUCCACGGUGAGAUAUCACACUCUUCCAUCACAAACAUAGAUAGAAAGGAACUAAGACUAGAAUCAACUAUUUCAACAUCUGUUCCAAGCCACAAUGUGGCAAAUUAUGAAUUUUAUGAGAACACAGAUGAAAACCUCUAUAAUAUAGAGAAAAAUAUUUCAACAGAUUCAGUAGUAGUGAAAGAAGAACAUAAAAUUGAACAAUUUUGUACAAUUCUAACUGAACACAAUUUUAUAGAUGAAAAUUCAGAAAGUAGCUUUAAGCAUGAAGAUAUGGAAAACAUAAGUAGUGAUGCAGAUAAUGAUCACAAUAAAAUACCAGAUGGAAACCAAGACAGUUUGCAUGUCAAUUUUAUGAGUAAAGACAAAACAAUAAACCUAUCCACAAAGACUAGAACUAAAAAGUAUUGCAAAGUUAUUAAAAAGGCAAAAACAACAAAAGCAGUAUCAAAAAGUAAAACAUCCAAAAAAUCUGAAGACACAGUUAAAAGAAAGCCAGUUCAAACCCCAAACAAACGUAAGCCAAGAGACAAGUAUGCAACGCAAAGAGCAUCAGCGUACAAAUUUGAUGCAGAUAAAUGGAAUAUAGUAUAUUUAACUGAAGAAGAAAUGAAGGCAGAGCAUGAGAAACUGUCAGAUAAUGCAAACUAUCAGAACUCUGCUCACAAGUGCCUCACUUGUAUAAAGACAUUCACGUGUGAAGACACUUUGAAGAGACACAUGCGGGUACAUAGCGAGGAGCGCGGCCAGUUCUCGUGUUUCCUGUGCGCGCGCCGCUUCGUGUGGGCCACGCGGCUGCGCAUGCAUCUGAAGGUGCACCGCACGGUCUACCACUGUCUGCGCUGUCGGGAGGUCUUCAACUACGCCACCCGCGCCAUAGCCCACGACCGAGUGCACGCCGGGCUCACCUUCCAGUGUAAACACUGCGAAGCCAAGUUCACCAACAAGUCAUCCUACUACACACACGUGCGCGCGCGGCACCGCUCCGAUCACGUGUGUGCCGCCUGCGGAGCCUCCUUCGUGAGCGCGCUGGGGCUGCGCCAGCACACCCUGUAUAAACACCACGACGGGAGUAUACAGGGUGAUGUGCAGGAAGCUGAAGAAGCGAAGGAAGAUGAUUCAACUAACAAGAACACUUUCUGUGAAAAGUGCGCGAUGUCGUUCCGAUCUGUAGCGGCGUUUGAGGAACACAAAAAGAACUCUAAAAUGCACUUGGAAGAUAAUGAGAAUGAGAAGAAUUCUCUGUCCAAGAUAAAGUUGUACAAGUCUGGAGUUUCUACCACCAACAACACCGGCGAACAGUUCACUUGUGACCAGUGUCCGUCAGUAUUCUUCACGCGCACGUCCCGGGAACUACACCGUACCCGCAAGCACGGCGGCGGCGGCGACCGCGCCGAGAGGUACAUCUGCGAGAUAUGCGGGGCUUCGCUCGCUUACGGCAGUAUAAAGGUACACAAGAACAUGCACAACAACGUCCGCUACCGCAGCAGUAAGCGGUUCCCGUGCGCGCAGUGCGGCAAGGAGUUCCAGUCCGCGUGGAAUAGGACGCAACAUAUGACGACUCACACUGGUGAGAAGCCAUUCGCGUGCAAACUGUGCGACAAGCGGUUCACGCAGUCGCAGGGCGCGCUCAAGCACUUCCGCACCUGCCACUGAACCUGCUGCCGCUACACGGGCUCGCUAACGACGUAGAUAAACGUCACUAUAUCGCGAAUUGAUAUAAAUACGGCGGUGUGAUUGGCGGAACGCGCUUUGAACGAGUUUAUCGACGUCGAUAACAGAUUCGUGCCACGGCCGCUGACGCAAAAUAAAAGGCUUGCUAUGACAGCUAAUAUAGUAUGAGUUUUAUGACGUUUGAUUGACAGUCCCUUAUAAGUAAAUAAAGGAUGGUUUUUCCCUUACAGGACGAUUAGAAUUUUACAUAUUUAUUUUAGAAUACAUUCAUUCAUUAUCAGCCCGUAUCUGCCCACUGCUGGGUAUAAG